AGGAGAAUAUGCAAGCUGGUUUGACCAGAAACAGAACUGCCUGUGACAGAUUAGGAGACAAGCAAGGCUUGGAAUCCGAGAGCAAGCAGAGUGGAAAGUUACCGCAGCUUCUCCGAGUGUUCAAGUGAUCAUUUUCUGCUAACAUUUUCCAGUGGUAACUGUUACUCUUCAGAGAGAAGCAGAAAGUCGAGACAGAAUUGUGCAGACUUUUUUUUUUUUUUUUUUUUCUGUCACCCUUGGGAAAUAGCAGGUAUCCUCUAUUAAACGGAAGGUAAAAGCUGCUUGGGCUAAGUACUUUGAGCCCUGGGAAGAGCUGUCUGCAGCACCUCACCAUGUGUCUACUUUGCGUUGCUUAGACAAGCCUGGGCGUUUCUAUACCAUUUGCAUUCCAUAUUGGAAGAAGAUAUUUAUACAUUGAAAAAAUGCCUUUGUUUAGUAAAUCACAGAAAAAUCCAGCAGAGAUUGUGAAAAUUCUUAAAGACAACCUGGCCAUUUUGGAAAAGCAAGACAAAAAGACAGACAAGGCUUCAGAAGAAGUAUCCAAAUCACUGCAGGCAAUGAAAGAAAUUCUGUGUGGCACAAAUGACAAGGAGCCCCCAACAGAGGCAGUGGCACAGCUGGCACAAGAGCUCUACAGCAGUGGGCUGCUGGUGACCCUAAUUGCCGACCUGCAGCUGAUAGACUUUGAGGGAAAAAAAGACGUGACCCAAAUAUUUAACAACAUCCUGAGGAGACAGAUAGGUGCGCGGAGUCCUACUGUGGAGUACAUCAGUGCUCAUCCCCACAUCCUGUUCAUGCUCCUCAAAGGCUAUGAAGCCCCACAGAUUGCCUUACGCUGCGGGAUUAUGCUGAGAGAAUGUAUUCGACAUGAACCACUUGCCAAAGUCAUCCUCUUUUCUAAUCAGUUCAGAGAUUUCUUCAAGUAUGUGGAGUUGUCUACGUUUGAUAUCGCUUCAGAUGCCUUUGCUACUUUUAAGGAUUUAUUAACCAGACAUAAAGUAUUGGUUGCAGACUUCUUAGAACAAAAUUACGACACGAUUUUUGAAGACUAUGAGAAACUGCUUCAGUCUGAGAAUUAUGUGACGAAGAGACAAUCUUUAAAGCUGCUAGGUGAGCUGAUCCUGGAUCGCCACAACUUUGCCGUCAUGACCAAGUACAUCAGCAGGCCCGAGAACCUGAAACUGAUGAUGAACCUGCUGCGAGACAAGAGCCCCAACAUCCAGUUUGAAGCCUUUCACGUCUUCAAGGUAUUUGUGGCCAGCCCUCACAAAACACAGCCAAUCGUGGAGAUUCUGUUGAAAAAUCAACCCAAACUCAUUGAGUUUCUGAGCAGCUUCCAGAAAGAACGGACGGAUGAUGAGCAGUUCGCUGAUGAGAAGAACUAUUUGAUUAAGCAGAUUCGAGACUUGAAGAAGCCAGCCCCAUGAAGGCAGCACCCUUCCUGCCGCGCCUCUGUCUCCUUUGCCCAGUGAGACAGGGUCAUUUCAGAAAGUCACUGUUUGGGGGAAGGCAUUGGCGGUGCCACUUUUUCCUCACUUGUUCAAGGUAGAUGGAAUAUAAACAUUUGAAUGAAAAAACAAAUCAACCUAGAAUAAUAUAUUCAUUUUAAUCAAGCCUGUGAUGGCUUUCAUGAAGUCAGAGCCAUGGUAUCAAAUGUUGAUAAAAGCAAGUGUGGCACUGAACCGUCCAUCACCACGAGCCACCAAGUAGGAGGAGCUCAAAUGACUGCUCUGUCACCCUGAAAAGUGGGUGUGGGAGCAGGAGUCUGUCAGUCUGCACUUAGAGAAACAGUAAGUCACUGAAAGGUCCUCAGAAACAGGGUUGUGUCAGCUGCCCUGUGCCCUUAACUCCCUGCUCAACACCUCUCAUGGUGGUUAGCAGUUCUGAACUUCGGGAGGAACCAGUCCCAUCGCCCAGCUCACUUCCUGCUCGCUGUCCCGCACUCCGUCUCACACAUGACCCAGAGCCCUUGCCCACAGCACCUGCAAAGAGCUAGCUUUGGAGCAUCUGAGGCCCAAGCUAGACCAGCACAGGUCAUGGCCAGGGAGGAUCCACAGUGUCACCAUGGCUCCAUACCGACUUUGUUCAGAGCUGUUAUGGGAGGGGUGCUUUGAGGUGUUUUAGAGUUGGCUCACAUCGUAUACAAGUCAUGAGGCUAGAGGAUGGUCACAGGGGACUGUCAAUAGAAGACAUUACCCUUAGACUUACACAUGAAAAUCUUCUCAAAUAACUAUAGUCUUUUUCCUAAUCUGUCACUCCCUAACUGCUCAUCAAAAUCAUCUGUGAGGGCUAGAGAGAUGGCUCAGCAGUUAAGGUGCUUGCUUGAAAAGCCUAAUCACCUGAGUUCAGUUCCCCAGUACUCAGAUAAAGCCAGAUACACAUCGUAGCACAUGCAUCUGGAGUGCACUUGCAGUGACUGGAGGCCCUGGUGUGCCCGUUCUUUCUGUCUGCCUCUCUUCUAUCUCUCUCUGCUUGCAAAUGAAUGAAUAAAAAAUAUUUAAAAAUUCUUCUUUGAAAACAUAGAAAAUCUAAAACUUUUGGUCCAAAUUUUCACUUGCAUAUGAGAAAUAAUUAGGCAGUUCAUCAUGUUCCUUUAAAAGGCAUAAAAUGAAAAACUAAAUUUUCAGAAGGUCAUAGUUUUCAGACAUCAAAUGUAUAAAACGAAAUUUUAAAGCUAUGUGUAGAAGACAUUCAAGAUACGUUGCUAUGCUGUAUUUUUUAUAAUUUCUCCCUGAGCACAAGUUGCUGCCUCCCAUAGGCGUCCCUACAGUCCUUGGGUGCUGUGUUCCUUUUCUUCAGCCACAUAACUGUGCUAUCCAGAGAAGAGAAGUGUGUUCCUGUUGUAAAUGCGAUUAGUGGGUUUUGUACUAAAGAAUUACCUGGCAGGGCACCUCACCUGUUGGCUGGAGUUCAACUGUCCUGCUUCAGUGCCAGGCAUGAAGCCUUGUGGUUCAAGUGGACCCGCCAUGCCAAUGCCAGGGAGGGUCUGCAUAGCUCCUGGUGGCUUGCGUUCGUUAGUCAAAGACGUCAUAUCACUCUUACAACAUUCCCUGACAGUCAAGAGUCACUGAAGAUUUGACUUUUCUGGGGUUGUUUAUUUGAUUGAAAGAGACAAACGUAAAUAUUAACACAGCAAAAUGAAAUGACCAGUGGAAAUGUAUUUGGCUGCCUCGGACGCUUCCACAAUAUCAUGGGACACGUUUUUGAAUGGGAAGUGAGGCUCUGUUCUAAUUCUGUUUUGAUAAAGCAAAUAUUUUACUUCCUCAGGCCUUUGAAUUAGCUCUUUCCUGGCAUCUUUGUAUCUGAGCUCUGUACCUGUCCAACAAAAAAAAAAAACUAAUCUCAGAUGCAGAAAUGAAGUGGCUGAGGGUUUUUUUUUGUGUGUGUGAUGUGAGUAUAUAAAUUAUUAACUCAAAGGGGGAGCAGAAACCUCCCCGUUGAGCUAUGUUUGCACAAAGAUCACUGUAAAUAUUGUGAUAAUUAAAUUUUGAAAAGGUCCUAUUUAAUAUGCUAUUCCAAAAGCACACAUUUAAAGGCUGACUGAAUAAAUAGUACCACACA